UCACCGCCAUCCCCGACAAACUGGACGUGACCCACGAGACGGUAGCAGAGUUCCUGGAGGGGCUGACGCUGGACGAGGCGCUGGCGCAGAAGAAGAUCUUCAUUUGCGACCUCGCGGUGCUCGAGAACCUGCCCUGCAAGGACGGCAGAAUUCUGGCUGCGCCUGUUGCUCUGUUCUACGUAGACAAGUCCAAGCAUCUUGUGCCCAUCGCUAUUCAGCUCAUGCAGAACAAGGGCCCCAACAAUCCGGUCUACACCCCCGCCGACCCCCCCAACACGUGGCUGCUGGCGAAGAUGUUCUACAACAACGCUGAGGCUCAACAUCAUCAGGGCUUCACCCACCUCGGCCGCACCCACAUCCUCAUGGAGGGGAUGUGUGUGUGCACACAUCGGAACCUCUCCCCCUCACAUCCCCUCUUCAAGCUCCUCGCCCCUCACUUCCUCUUCCUCCUCGCCAUCAACUCUCGCGGGCUGGAGAAGCUGGUGUCCAUCGGGGGCUGGGUGGACUGCUGCAUGACGCAGGGAGUGUCGGGAAUCUUCUCCCUCAUCGCUAAGAGCGUCAGCUCCUGGCGGGCAGACGUCCAGGGCAUCCCCACGGAGGAGAUGAAGGCGAGGGGCGUCCUGGACCGCGAGGUCCUGCCCUUCUACCCCUACAGGGACGACGCAGUGCCGCUGUACGCCGCCAUCGAGAGAUACGUCACCAAGGUCCUCCAACAUCACUACGACUCGCCGUCUAAAGUGCUGGGGGACGUGGAGCUGCAGCAGUGGCGGAAGGAGAUGGUGACGCCCGUAGCAGAGGGCGGGGUGGGCAUCAAGGGCAUCCUCGGGGACAAUAAAGUUGGGUUCAGCGACGUGUCGCAGUUAAUUCAAAUAGCGACGACGAUCAUAGCGACGUGUUCUCUGGGCCACGCGGCCGCUAACUUCCAGCAGUACGACCAAUAUGCCUUCGUCCCCAACUACCCCGGCAUUCUCAUGGCUCCUCCGCCUACACAAAAGAAAGAUUACACAGACAGCGACCUGCUGAGCAUCCUGCCCAACAAGUCCAUGACUCUCGACAUCGUCCUCAUCACGAAGCUCCUGUCCAAGCGCGGCACAAACUCCCUCGGCGACUUCGAGAUGCAGUACAUGUACGACCCAGUCGGCGUGCACGCCGCUAAAGAGUGAGUCAAAACCGUCAAGA